GGUGCUGGAACAUGCUAUAGCCGCCUGGCCGCCAAUCAAAAUGAUGGCCUCGGUGGUCCUCGGGGGCAACCGGAGGAAGUCUCUCAUACUGCAAGGGGUAGACCCGGAGACCUGUAUGAUAGUGUUUAAGAACCACUGGGCACAGGUGGUCAAGAUCCUGGAGAAACACGAACCGGGUCGUAGUGGUGCGUUGAGUUUCCUCUCCGGUCACACCAGUAGCAGCAGUGGCGGCUCAGGAACAUCGCGUCUUGGUCCGAUCCCAGCUGAUGAGGCCAGCGCCGUCCAGAACUACGUGGAACACAUGCUCUUCCUGCUGAUGGAGGAAGAAGCUGGGCAAGGCGGAGCGAUGGGUACCAUCCUGGAAUUUGUGGUUCUGGAGGGAGUGAUGGAGAGACUGUUUCUGUGGAGCCUGAGGAGACAGUUCACUGAGGACAUGAAGCUGGAGCAGCUCAGGAUGUACCAAAUGCUUCUGUCCCAGGCCAGACAGCCUCUACUGCACCAUAAACCUGUUCUACGGCCCCUCAUGAUGCUGCUGGCCUCCUGCGCCGGAGCUGGAGCUGAAAGUGGCGGGGUGGUGGAGGCCGAGCUGGUCCUCCUGUUGAACCAACUGUGUGUGGCUCUGGUCAAAGAUCCCUCAGUGCUGGAACUGUUCUUCCACACCAGCGAAGACCAAGGAGCCGCCAACUUCCUUCUCUUCUCCCUGCUUAUACCGUACACUCACAGGCAGGGUUCAGUCGGUCAGCAGGCCAGAGAUGCUCUGCUACUCAUCAUGUCUCUGUCGGCCACCGAACCUCGAGUCGCUCAGCACAUCGCCCAGAACACCUACUUCUGUCCUGUGCUGGCCACAGGUCUGUCUGGUCUGUACUCGUCUCUUCCAGCCAGGCUGCAGGUUUACAGUGAAGACUGGCACUGUCUGGACCAGGCCGACUGGCAGCAGGUUCCAGCUCUCGUCCACUUCCUGCACUCACUGGACUUCUGUAGCGCUGUUACCAAGGUUGCUCAUCCGUCCAUCCGGUCUCAGCUGCUGAGUUACAUCUAUAACGGCUUCCUGGUUCCAGUUCUGGCUCCUGCUCUGCACAAGCUGACAGUGGAGGAGGUCAUGACCACCACCGCCUACCUGGAUCUGUUCCUGCGCUCCAUCUCUGAGCCCGCCCUCCUUCAAACCUUCCUGUCCUUCAUCCUGCUGCACACACACGACAACGUUCACAUCCUGGACACGCUGGUCAGCAGGGUCAACACACCUUUCCAGCUGGGCACAGUGUCGCUGGCUCUGUUCAGGACUCUGAUUGGUCUCUUCUGUGAAGACGUCAUGCUGCAGCUGGUGUUCAGGUAUUUGAUUCCCUGCAACCACCUGAACAGGAAGCUGCAAUACUCCCUAAAGCAGAGAGACUGUUACUCUUCCAGUGCCUCCUCCUUCCUGCUCCUCAUGCCCUCCUGGUGCCCCGUUUACCCCCUGAACAUUAACAAACAGUCUGAGCACAUCCACUGGCCCAAAGGAGCAGAUCUGUCAGUGUCAGACAGCGUUGGUUACUGUCGUGGUUCAGACUUUCUGAUGGAUGUAAACUACCUCCACUACCUCUGGGAUGCCCAACAAGCCAUCUCCACUUCCCACAGGGCGUGUCAGCUCUGGUCGGCUCCGUAUGACGGGACUGAUCCUCCACCUCAAGAAUACCGAUCUGACACACCGGCUGACGAUAUGGAUGAAGAGGAAGAAGAGAUCGUCACACGAGCCAAGAGUGACUCCAUCUGCUCUGUGGUCAGCUCUCCUCCACCCUCAGCUCUCUCCCCGACCCCGUCCUGCUCAGACACCAUCUCCACUGGCAACCAGACAGGCAGAGCCAGCUCCGCCCUGGAGCUGGAGUGGGAUGACAUUUUUGCAGAUGACGACCCUUCUUCAAUGAUGAUAAAUGCGGCGCUAGCGAAUGGCAGCACUGACAGAUGCACUACACCUGCACUUCCUCGACACAUUCAGGAAAUGCGACGCAAUGCCACCAAGCUUGUGCACGGCUCUUACGUGGAGGAGUCCGAGUUUCAGGACGACAUUCUCGUCUACGAUCUGGUUGCCAAGAAAGACACAAAGGCAGCCAUGCUGGAGCGGAUGAUGGCAGCAAAUCGACGGGCACGCGGAAGCAUUUCAAACGGGCAGCAAGUGUCAUCAGGAAUAACGAUGGCGACAUUUUCAACAAGGUUAGCAACAACAGGGAGGACGGUAAUUGAAACAGUUCACAGUAUCAUGUCGACAAGGAGGAGGAGCGAAGAUGCAGGGAAAGAGGAGAGGAAAAGAAGUGAGGAUUAUGGGAAGGAGAUGAUGAGGAGGAGGAGGAGUGAAGACUGGGGAAAGGAGAUGCAGAAGAAGAAGGAGGAUGUGUUUGUCCAAGCGGAGUCGAAGGCACGUCAGCUUUUCACAAAUGGUUUCAACGCAAAGAAUCACAUCAUCGACGAAUGUGAUGACGCUGAGGAAGACUCCGCGCCAUUUCAGCAAAACUGCAAUCACAGUGACUUCACACCCGUUAUCAAUCACACACACACAACGCACCAGCAGCACACACACAACCACACGCCAAGUUUAGUGACAAACACUUUACCCAACGGCCAUUCUGAAUUCGAGCCACACGACCCUUCGGUGCCUGCAACCGAUGCCAAGUCUCAAAGUCUGCCUGAUAAGAAGAAGUCUUUAAAUAAAUUGUCUAAGAACGACGACUUCCUGUCCCAAUACCAAGAGCUCAUGCUGUCUUUAGGGGUGGAGCCAGAGUGUGACGACAUCACGGACGACAUCAGCACAUUCAGGAAGCGGGUUCGAACGCUGAGGCAAAGAUUGCAAGAGGACGAAGCGGGUCUCGGCGAAGAAUUUGUGUUCAGCCUCUCGUGGGGUGACAGAGAGGAAGAAAGAGAGGAUGAGGAGAUGGAAGAUGAAGAGGGGGAUGGGGAUGGGGAGGAAGAGGAAGUAGAGGAGAGGAGGUGCAGCAGUAAGAAAGGCAGCAGGAAGCACGGAGUACCAUUUACAGGUCCGUUCAUCAGCGUCCUCUUGUCCCGGCUGGAGAACCUUCUGGAAAACUCCAUCGCUGUGAACCUGCUGGUGACUGGCAUCUUGGCUCAGCUGGCGUCGUACCCGCAACCUCUGCUGAGAUCCUUCCUGCUCAGCACACAAACACACAACCAGCAGCACAGCAUCCGCACACUGUACCAGGUAUUGGUGUCGGUGCAUGCUCAGAUAGAGCGCUACGUAUCAGCCAGACCAGACUAUCCUGCUCUGGUCACUCAGGCCUGGAGGUUCCUGCUGGCUAAAGACCAAGACAGCAAGCUCAGAGAGUGCUUUGAGUCUCAUGGUGGUGAAAUCAUCCUGGACGCAUCGCUUCCUAACGGCUCUGUGAGGAACGCUCUGGCUCCACCUCCUCUUGGCGUCCUGCCGCCCUGCCCCACCAUCCCCCCUCAGGCCAAGAGCCGAGUGUUCGCCAUCGUCCUGUACGCAGAGUUUCUAAAAGAGCUGGCCGCCAUCGCACAGGAGCACAGCAUCGCCCCGGACUCUACUGCAGAGGAGCGGGGAGGAGCUCAAACCAUCUGUGGAAACUAAUGGAAUAACACCAACA